AUAAGACGUUUUAAAAACUUAAUUAAAGUGCGACUGCCGGGCAACUGAACCGUGUUCGCACCAAAAAUUCGCGUCGCGUUGCUCCUAUCGUGCGGUUCUUGCUGGAUUAUCAACAAAUGCCAAAAUUUCGUCAAAGCGAAUAAAAAUCGUAUAUGUAUUCAUAAUACCUGCGCCUGUGUGUGUGUACCACUCCGAUGUGUGUGUGUGUGUGAGGUGUUGUGUGUGCAAGACCGAUCUCUCAAGCGAAAUCACUUAGCGUCGUUUUUGUGUGUGUGUUCGAGUCUCUGGGCAAAUAAAAACCACAUUUUCUUAAUAUUUAACUAAUAUUUCGCACAACGGUUGAGAGAAAAACGACAAAAUUGGCAUUGAAGCUCACCGAAAAAAAACUGGUGCAACUAACGGUGUCCAUUACCCGGAAUAUUAGAGCAAAACGCAAAUAACAGUGAAAAUCCAGCUAAAUGUCAUAUGUACGCCAGCUGAAGCGGCAGAAAAUGUCCCAGGGGAAGAAGUUCGGCGAUGGCGAUCCGUUCAACUACCAGGAGCUCAACAUCAUCGGCGAAGGUGCCUAUGGAACGGUUUACAGAGCCCGGGAUGUGGUCACCGGCAACAUAGUGGCGCUGAAGAAGGUGAGGAUAUCGCUGAACGAGAACGGAGUGCCCAUGUCCACGCUGCGUGAGAUCUCGCUGCUGAAGCAGCUGAAUGCCAGCAAUCAUGCGAAUAUUGUUAAACUGUACGAAGUAUGCCAGUUUCUGGAGCGCGACGGCCAACUGCUGAUUCUGCUGGUUUUCGAGCAUGUGGAGCAGGACCUGUCGGAUCUUAUAGACAGACUUCCCAAAUCGGGCAUGUCGCCGCCCACAAUUCAGCGCUUGUCGAGGGAACUACUGACCGGUGUGGACUUCUUACACUCACACCGCAUCAUCCAUCGGGAUCUGAAGCCGCAGAACCUGCUGGUCUCCUCGCAGGGCCACCUCAAGAUCGCCGACUUUGGCCUGGCCAAGACCUACGGUUCGGAGAUGAAGCUCACCUCCGUGGUGGUCACCUUGUGGUACCGCGCACCCGAGGUUCUGCUCGCCCAGCCCUACAACAGCACCGUGGACAUCUGGAGCGCCGCCUGCAUCAUCUUCGAGAUGUUCAAUAGGCGCGCCCUGUUCCCGGGCACCUCCGAGAAGAAUCAGCUGGACCGCAUCUUCGAACUGACUGGCAGACCCACCGAGCAACAGUGGCCACAGACCAUUUCCGUGGCCCUGGAACACUUUCCCCAGCGGCAUCCAAAGAGACCAAAAGACUUUUGCCCACACCUGUGCAAGUACGCCGAUGAUCUGUUGAAUAAAAUGCUUUCCUACGACCUCCACUUGCGACCAUCCGCCUUGGCCUGUUUGGAGCACGACUACUUCCAGCAGGAACCCCUAUAGUCCCGAUGCCCAGAAUGGAUAAUGGAUAAUGGAUUAUGGAUGUGGAAGUGGACUGAUCAUUGCGGCCGCGCUUCGUUCUUGUUACAAUGUUCCUUUAAGUGUAGUGAAGCAUUUUGUUUAUUUUUUCGCGACAGUCCAGUUAUUGUGUCCGGAUACGGAUCCGGAAUAAAGAAUACCUUAAUAUGUUUGUAGUCGUAAGCUAAGUGUGAAUACUACUGCCGAUCAACUAUCUGAUGACCAUUACAUGUGAAACGAUUCUCGAGGGCGUUUUAAGGCCCUCCAAAUCGAAAUGUGAUACACAAAGUUCAGGAAUGCAUUAUACAAUUUCAAAAUUUUGUACAACAAUCAUUUAUAUAUGCAAUUAUAUAUACAGCAUACAAUAAGA